AGAGUUGAGUGUGGCUCAGAGCGAGUCGCUUGCGGGCUGACAAAGAAACAUCUCGAUAAGAAGGGCUGCAUUUUUGUUUUUGUUAAGAAUAAAUAAGUAAAAAGUGUAAAAUUAGGUGUAGAAACUAACAGAAAAGAAGCGUAUAAUUUGUGUUUGAUUGAAAAAUGAUCAAAAGUGUUGGAAUUUAGCCAAGUGAAACAAGUUUAUAAAGCGGCUCACACAGACAUACUAAUACACACACACACACACAGCGCUGCUACCACAUACACUCAACGGAGCUGAACCUGGACUCAACGCUCGACUCACUCCCAAAACGAAGUUAACAACUGAAUAACAAGAAAGAAGCUUGGCCAAGUUAUGAAUCAUAGCCAAGUGGCUGCAAAGAAUUCGUUGCAGCAGCGCUUCUUAAACGUCACGUAACAAGUGCAUAGUAAUUGAAACUAUCUAACUAAUCAAGUAUAUAUAUAUAAAAACUGACAAAAUGUCUGGCAAGGAAUUGCGCUCACUUUCGCUCAGCAUUGGCUCAGCAUUGUUGCCAACUUUCUCGCUCGUCUCGGCCAAUCCACAAAGUGGCGCCAACAAUGCUGGUCGUGAUACCUGCUUUGGCAAACUCUGCCAUCCCGUGGAUGAGUACUGUUCCAUGUUUGCCGAGAGCUGUAUGCCCUGUUCGAGCAUUUGUGAUGCCAACACGCAUAACUAUCACCUGGACACCUGUACCAAGGAGUGUUCAGCCUACAACAGUUAUGAGCCUUUGAAGGCCGAGAUUCACGACAUACAGAGCAAACAGAAUUUGAUACUGUUGCUGGUGAGCAUCAUUAUCAUAUUGAUUGCCAUACGCUAUUUGGCAAAGUUUCUAAAUUGGUUGCAACACAAGCGUUGCAUGCGUCAGUUGCUGUCCCGUCUGGUGUCGAAGCCGCAUCAGAGCAAUGCAAAUGGCAAGGAUCUCAAUGCCACAACCAUACAGAAUCUGAAUGCCAUUAACCGUGACAUUGAGCGGGCGCCUUCCCAGAUCUACAGUGUGGCAGGCGCAGCUGAGGGCUCCGUGGUGACGUUAGCGACGCCGGUGAGCACCCGUUAUCCGGCGGAGAAUAGCACAACACCAACAACGGUUGUCACGGAAAUCGGCUAUGGAUAUGGCUACGAUAAUCAGGCGAUGGUUGUAACCCCAGUUGCUGAAAAGGCGUCCCCAACGGCUGCCUUCUGAGCUUUCUUUUUUGUCAUUCUCAAAAACAGUGUGCAUCACAUUGAAACUAGUGAUAUUUUAUAAUACUUUAGAUACGUAAGCAAAUUAUUCGAUAAACCGCUGAUAAUAAUUGCAUAUGCAAUCUAUAUAAUGUCAUUGAGCAGACUAAAUUGUCUGUAUUAUAAUAUGUAAUUACUUCAAUAACAUAAUGGCCUUAAAUAUACAAUAAAUAUCGAUUAUAAUAUGUAUAAUAAUAUGACGUUUUAGAUAAAGUCCAAAAGUUUUAAAUA